AAGAACUACUCACAAAUAGAAAAGGAGGCUUUGAGUCUGGUGUACGGAGUAAAGAAAUUCCACCAAUACCUUUGGGGGCGGAGGUUCGAAUUGUUAACCGACCACAAGCCUCUGAUCGCGCUGUUCGGAGAAUGCAAGGGACUACCAACGAUGGCAGCAGCACGCAUACAGAGAUGGGCAAUCAUAUUGUCUGCUUAUGAUUAUCACAUUACCUACAGGCGAUCGGAGGAGCACGGUAAUGCAGAUGGACUAUCCCGUAUCCCCCUGCCUGAGACAAUAGACGAUGGUACAAAGACAAUAACUGCUUCUCUCAACGCACUGAUUUGUGAGCACCUGGAGGAGGCGCCAUUAAGUGCAAAACAAAUAUCAAAGGCUACACGCAAAGACUCUGAGCUCUCACUACUACACAGAUACAUCCAGUUAGGGUGGCCAACUGAAAUUCCCGAAAAUUUCAGGGUAUUUCACAGAAAGAAAGAUGAACUUUCUGUAGAACAGGGAUGUGUUCUGUGGGGAACAAGAGUAGUGGUGCCAGAGAAAAUGAGAAGAGUAGUGUUAAAAGAGAUCCACGACGGACACCCUGGUAUCGUAAAAAUGAAGACAAUUGCACGACAAUAUGUCUGGUGGCCAAAUAUUGACAUGGAUGUCGAGAAGGUCUGCAAGCAGUGUCAGACGUGCCAGCUAGAACAACGCAUGCCACGCCAUGUUCCACUGCACCCAUGGGAGUUUCCUGGAGGGGUAUGGAGAAGGAUUCACAUUGAUUUUGCAGGUCCAUUCAUGAGUCACAUGUUUAUGAUAGUGGUUGAUGCGCACUCCAAGUGGCUAGAGGUCUUCAAAAUGUCACAGAUAAGCUCAGCAGCCACCAUCACAAGGCUUAAAAGACUGUUUGCAGCACAAGGAGUACCCGAACAAAUCGUCACUGACAACGCCACAACCUUCAUGUCGGAUGAGUUCCAAAUCUUCAUGAAAAGGAACGGAAUCUUGCACACUACUGGAGCACAGAAGCAUCCUGCUACAAAUGGACUCGCUGAGAGAUGCAUCGCAACCUUCAAGGCGGGCAUGAAGAAGCUUGCAAAAGAGAUCCUGAGUGUUCAGGAGAACAUCCCAAAUGGAUCCCUGGAGUAG